UGGCACCUCGUGCUAAAAUGAAUCAACAAAGAUCUCGUAGAUUUAGAACUGCACAAGAAGAUAAGGAAAAGGCGGAAGAAGCAACUCAUGAGAUAGAAAGGCUUGAAGCGUCAGGACAAUCGAUAGAUACAACUCUCAAACAAAAAAAGUCAUUUGAUAGUAACUGUAUAACACCAGGUACGCCUUUUAUGGCACGCCUUGCAGAAUGUUUACGAUAUUGGAUCGCAGAUAAACUUAAUACUGAGCCAGGAUGGAAAAAUGCAUUCAUCUUAUCUGAUGCGAGUGUACCAGGUGAAGGUGAACACAAAAUUAUGGAUUUUAUUCGUGCACAGCGUGGUAGUCCAUAUCACGAUCCUAACACUUGUCACGUAAUAUAUGGCUUGGAUGCCGAUCUUAUUAUGCUUUCAUUGGCUACACAUGAACCUCAUUUUAAAGUGCUACGAGAAGACGUCUUCUUUCAAGAAGGAAUUUAUAGAGGAUGUUUUAUAU